AUGGUGCAGCUUCCGUGGAUCGCUCUGAGCCUGGUAGGACCCCGCCCAGCAUCCAGCAUCACUGGAGGGCCCCCAGGAAAUUCCCCCGAGCAGCAGCACCCAAGUAGGCCAGAGCCGCCUGCACGCCACCUUAUUUCUGACCGUUCCACGCUGUGCCGGGAGCGCAUGCUGUGCAGAUUUCUGACUGUUCCGCACUGUGCGGGGAGCGCAGGAAAGGUGGGUAGCAUGGUGUGUGGUGGACCGCAGAGGAGGACCUGUGCCGAACCCUGUGGCCCCCACAUAGUAGAACUACGGAACAGCAGCACUGUGACAGAGUUCAUUCUUGUGGGCUUUGAGCAGAGCUCUCCUUCCACGCAAGCACUGCUCUUCACCCUCUUCCUCGCGCUCUACAGCCUUGCCAUGGCCAUGAAUGGCCUCAUCAUCUUCAUCACUUGGACAGACCCCAGGCUUAACAGCCCCAUAUACUUCUUCCUUGGCCACCUUUCUUUCUUGGACGUCUGCUUCAUCACCACCACCAUUCCACAAAUGUUGGUUCACCUGGCAAUCACAAACCACACUGUAUCUUUUGCCUCCUGUUUGACCCAAAUGUACCUAGUUUUUGGUGUGGGUGUGGCUGAGUGUAUCCUCUUGGCUUUCAUGGCCUACGACCGUUAUGCUGCUAUUUGUCACCCACUAAGCUAUGCCCAGAUCAUGAGCUGGAAGAUCUGUGUAAGAUUAGUGAGUACUGCCUGGGCUUUGGGAAUGAUCAAUGGUAUUCUUCUUGAUUACAUGACAUUUAGAGGCCCAUUCUGCAGAGACAACCAUAUAGAAAACUUCUUCUGUGAGGCCCCUAUUGUGAUCAAUCUCUCUUGUGGGGACCCUCAGUUUAGUCUGAUGGUGAUCUUUGUUGAUGCCAUUGUGGUGCUGCUCAGUCCCAUGGUCCUCAUUGUCACCUCCUAUGCCCGCAUCCUGACCUCCAUCCUUGGCAGAACCUCCUCCUCCUCAGGUCGGGGCAAGACCUUCUCUACUUGCGCCUCCCACCUGACUGUGGUCAUCUUUUUCUACACUUCCGCUAUGUUCUCUUACAUGAAUCCCCGCAGCACACAUGGGCCUGAGAAAGACAAGCCUUUCUCACUUCUCUACACCAUCAUCACCCCCAUGUGCAACCCCAUCAUCUACAGUUUGCGUAACAAGGAAAUGAAAGGAGCCAUGGUGAGGGCCUUUAGGAGAACCACAGUGGCCCAGGCAGAGUCUGUCUAG